UCGAUGGAGUCUAUCCCGUUAAGGGCGCGAUCCCCUUUUUCCGGCUCUGUUACGGCCAAUUUGCUCUGUCUCCUUCUCCGGACCGGCUCUGCCAGCUACGUUUGGUCUAAAGUCAACCGGGCCUGGCUCCAUGGGCCGGCCCAGACCUGAGUUUUUUCCGAGUGUCUGACCCGAAGUAGUGUAAAUGGUUCAAUUGGGCCGCCCACUGGGUAUCGGCCCAUCAUAAGCCCCCCAACUCCUCAUUCUUCAGCUGGGCCAAGUGGAAGAAUGGGGAGUUUGCAAAGUCCAUUUGGGCGCUCCAGCGGGAAUCCGGGUCGUUCCUUGGGUUCCGCGUGACGUCUGGGCACGAUCUCCACAAAUAGGUAAUCAUGGCCCGCCGAUUCGCCUCCCUGCUGUCAGUUAAAAAACCGCCGCUAGACGCCAUCUUUUCCCUUCGCCUUCUUCACCAUUAUCCGUCUGCAAUUCCGCUGCUUCCCAUCCCGUUCUUCAUUCUUUCCAGGUCAGUUCCUUUUCUCACUGCCAUGAUUGUUUCAGAUUCUGAUUCGGCUACCCCAUCGUCCAAUUCUCGCCAAGCCGAUCAAUCGGCCUCUGGCCGUAACCCCGGCCGCACUCCAUCACCUCAGCCGUCACCGUCGGCCGUUCCUGGCCACAAACGGCGCCAAUUGAGGAAGCAAUUCCCUUCCUCAACUCCGGUGGAUGAGGGGUCGAGGGUUGGAUUGGACGAGAACAUCAUGGCGCUGUGCCAUUGUCAAAUCACCGACCGGGGGUUCGCCGAUGCUACUGACAUGGUUGGCCCCUCCAUUGAGGUCAUGAGACCUAACAGUACUCAAACUGCUCUAGACGCACCCUCGGGGUUCUUCACGGUCCAUCUGGCGUCUUUGAAGAAGGGGCUGCGCUUUCCACUCCACCCGUUGUUGGUCGAACACCUCAACGAGGUGGACCUUCUUCCGUGCCAACUGGUCCCCAAUUCUCACCGGUACAUCGCCGGUUACUUGGUCCGAUGCAAGGCUGUGGGGGUGAAACCGACCUUGGACCAUUUCAUAUUCACCUUCAAACUGACCAAGGGACAUAAGGAUUGGGCGUCCUAUGCCAGCCUUUCCCAGAGAUCCAGUAAACUCUUUGCGAGUGACAAGAAGGGCUCGACCAAAGACUGGAAGCCUUUCUUUGUCUUCGUUUCGACGGGGCCUGAAUCUCCUUUCACGGGUUCAGGGCGCCCUUCCUUCCGCCGCAUCCCAUGCCCUCCACCUGAUGCCACCCUCCUGUCCAUCACUCGCCAACUCUGCAAUAAGGGAGUUAUGAACAUCAAGGAGGUGGUGACGGAGGAAACCCUUGCCGGGUUGGGGUUUGAGUUUGUUCAGGAUGAGCUUCGCCACCAACCCGACCUACUGAGGGACACCCCUGGGGGGCAUCAGCCUGACCAGCUGAAGGACAUUUGUCGCUUCACUGCUGGGAGGAAGAGGAAGAGAGAGACGAGGGGCCAGGGCAAACGCUCUUCGUCCCACCACGGGGAGGGUCCUUCCCAGGAGCCGGCUGGAGGAGAUGGGGUCUCGAAUCCCCUCGUGCAACCGGAGACCCUGAUCACCCUGCCCGCUGAGGACCAAGCUCGCAUCUCGGCCGGUUCUGAGGACGACCUUGAUAACAUGGUCCUUUUAAGGCUAAGCCAGGCCACGCUGGGGAUGAUCGAGGUGGUUGGUAGGAGACGGGGUCGCCAGGCCGCCGCGGACGAGGCGAUGAAAGCAGCCGAGGCCACGCAGAAGGAGCUGCAGGAAGAGGUCGCUCGACUCACAAGGGAGUUGGAGGAGAAAGAGAAUCGCUGCGCGGCGCUUGCGGUGGAGAAAACUUCCCAGGAGAACCGCUGUGCCGCCCUUGAAGCAGACAAGGCCUCCUUGUCCCUGGAGAUAGAAUCUGUUUCUGCCCGCGUGCUCGAGCUGGAGGGGGAGAAAACUGAUCUGAUCCAUCAGUUGGAAGGGGAGAGGAGCGGCCGGGUCCGUCAUGCAGAGGAAGCGGUAGAAUCCUUCAAGUCAUCUCCCGACUUCACGGUGGUCACGAUGGAGCGGAUGGAAGAGCUAACGGCUGCUUGGCUCGAAACUGAACCUGGGGCUCAAUGGAUGGUCAAGGAGGGCACCAAGUCCUUCAAUUGUGGACUUUUCCGGGCCCAGCAGGUCUUCCGUGACAGACUGGCUCAGCUCCCCAAAGGAUUCUCUCUUCCCGACCUCGGCUUUCCCCCUCCUUGCCGCUCCCUGGCCGAGUUCGACCCCCGCCCUUAUUUGGACGAAGGGAGCUCAAGCGCGUCUGAAGAGGAGGAAGGAGGAGAAGAAGACGGCCCAGGCGAUCAAAAUCCGGGGGCUAGCUUAGCCACGUCCAAGGCGGGUGACAACCCUAGCUCGAGCGUUUAACUUUCCCCGUUGUUCCCCCAGAUUUUUGUAGACACUUGUUGUUGUUAUGUGUUUUCUUUUUUGAAGUGACUUAUCAUUUUGAUGCAAUGCUCACAUGCUACUUGAUUCGUUGGAUCCACUAUGUGCUUCCUUUUUCGGCGUUUUACUCUCUUCUCUAGCUUAGCUGAUUUGCAUGUAUGUUUUAGUUUGGGCCCAACUCCUAAUUCCGGCCCGCUUAUCUGCCCAG